CGGAGGCGGAGGCGGCGCGAGAGUGCGCCCGGCUCGAGGAGAGGCAGGAGCAGCGGGAGGCGCGGCGAGCAGAGGCGGAGGCGGCCAAAGCGGCCAAGGACGCGAGGCGAGAGGCGGAGCGCCGGGCGGCGGCGGCGAAGGCGGCGGCGGCCGAGGCCUACCGGCAGAUGGCCAAGGCGCGCGACGCGGCGGAGAACCCUCCUGCGCCGGUGGAGCUGGGCGCCGAAGAGGUGCUCAGUGCGCUCGAAGCGGCGGUGGAGGUUGGGCGCGGCGGCUUCGGCGUCGUCUAUGCGGUGGAGCUGCCUUCGCUGCCGGGCUGGGGCCGCGUUGCCGUCAAGCGAGCCCUCUCAGAGGUGGAUGCGAGGGAGGUGAUGGCCGAGGUGUCCAACUUGCGGAGGUGCGCGCACCGGGACGUAUUGCCGCUACUCGGCUACUGCGGCGCGCCACGUGCGGCUUGCAUCGUGACGGCGCUCAUGCGAGGCGGUUCGCUCGAUGACCACCUCCUGCUCUCCCCUGACGCGCGGGCGCGACUGCAGAAGCGGCUUCAAAGGCACUCCGGGGCUGUCGUGGUCGCAACGACUCUCGGCGCUCUGCGACGCGGCGAGGGCGCUGGUGCACCUCCACUCGAACAGCAUUCUCCACCGCGACGUGAAGACGGCCAACAUCUUGCUCGACGGCGCGCUGCUGCCGCUGCAUACAGCGGGGGGCGAGAGGCGCGUCUACCGCGCCUUCCUCUCCGACGUCGGUCUCGCCAAGGAGCGGGCGGGCGGGUCGAUGACCAUGGCGACCAAUGCGACCAGCGCCUUCUACUCGACUGGCUUCGCGGACCCGAACUUCCUCGACUCGAACCAGCACUCGGCCAAGACGGACGCGUACGGGCUCGGCAUCUCGCUGCUGAUGGCGUUGACGGGCGGCGAGCCGUGCAGAGGCCUCAGGAGCGCGUACGAGGACGACGUCUUGGAUAUGGUCGCCGGCAAGGAGGGCGCCGGCGGCGGGCUGCUGCAUGCGGCGAGGCGGGCGGCCCACUGGCCUCAGGCGGCGACGCGAGAGCUGGUCAAGGUUGUGCACGGCCUCGUCUACGAGCGAAACGCUUCGUCGUCGUCUGGGGGCGGCUCUCUGACGCGCGCGGUCGGCGGGCUGCACAAGGAAUAUGUGGCGGGCGGCGGCGAUGCGUCCUUGGCGCGGCUGCAAGACCGGAUCAGCAACGCGUAUUUGUCCAUGAUGGGGCAUCUCGAGCGGCGGCACGAGCAGUGCGGAGGCGCGCCACUGCCGAAGGGCAGCAGCGAGGAGGAGAAGAUCAACGCGCUUGCGCCGCGCAGCGCCGGGCAGUCGCAGCUCUGCGACUCCGCGCACACCCUGCGGCGCUGGUACAAUGCGUGCAGGCACGAGCGAGGCCAGUGGAGCGUGGGUGCGCGGCCGAGUGACAAGGAGGUGGCGCGGGUGAUUGAGAGGAUCAGGGGACUGCUGGACUCGGAGCGGGCCCGGCGGGCGUAG